AAAAGACUUCAUCAGCUCGUUUACAAGCCUUUAGAACGCACGGCCUAACGCCACGUGUGAAGACGAGAAAAAUAAGAGGUUUUAUAAAAAAUUAGACGCUCGAUAGAAGCAGGGCCCAUGGCUGAAAAGUCGAGAAAGGAUAGGAAGAAGAAGACGAGAAGGAGAAAGAUUCGCAGGGAUGCCGAUAUAAGCUCAAGCUCAAGCUCAAGUGAGGAUGAGAGCCAAUAUUCGCGGAAGGAAAGCGCCGAGAAGCCGCUGAGUGGCGAAGAUGUUGAGAUGACGGAAGAUCAAGCUGUGCUGGCUGAACCAGAAGCCGCAGAAAGCCCUAUGUCAAAGGAGCAGUCUUCAGAAGCGGAUUUCGAUUCCUGGUACCUGCGGCAGGUCACGAAGGAGCUGGAGGAUGACCUUGAUCAGAUACGCUCCGCCGGCGACUUCAAGGACUCGUCGCUUCCCGUCCUCGUGACUGCUCUGCAACAAGGAGCGUCACUGUUCUCGACCGAGGAGAAAAGGAGAAUCGUUGGCGCAUCGUAGCGAGCACUUCUACUAAGCUGCGGCCGCCCGAUCCAUCCCCGUGCAUGUAUUCUCUCGUACCACGUUCCUGCCAGCAUCCUGCGUGCUUUGCUUUUCCUUCAUGCAGUCACUUCGCCAGUGUGCCGCGCCCUCGCACUGUUCUCACACUUCUUCAUCUAGAUUUCUGGUCCAUUCUCUCUUCCUAACUGUACUUUACCCAUAUCUCACUCUCGAGGACUCAGCCUGUCGAUCGGCCUCCUCAAUCGACCGUGGCCUUCGCUGAUGUGCUCCAUGGGAGUACUGCAGCAUCCUAGACUCCCUCGCACGAGCGUUCGGUCGAUUCCUGAGCGUCGUCCAGCCCAGCAGCUGAGAACUCUUGCUCAACAGGGAGAAGUGUUUCACAAAGAUGUCGGUGGAGGAUUCGGAAAAUUCCUAAUGAAAAGCCAGACUUUCUGCUCUGGGAUUUGAUGUACAGCCAGUACUGCUUUGUAUAUAACGGCUUUCCUAACUUGUAUCAGACUUGUGGUGAGGAGGCCCGGUUGCGUCAUCAUGUUGGGCGAGGUGGUGGUAAUGUGUGCUGAUACAACCACUAGCUUUAAUCUCAUAAUUGGAAUGUACAUCAAGCUGGUUAUAAA